AUGAGUGUUCAAAAGACUGUUUCUAGUGGCAAUAACAAUACAAUCAAUAAUAAAAAUAUCUUUCAGCUUUUUUUUUGUGUUAUUGGCAUUUAUAGUACAUUUCUAAUUUGGGGAUUGGUACAGGAGCCGUUAAAUACAAAAAUAUGGCCUCGUAGUGGUGAAAAAUUUGCGUUCCCAUUUGUCAUUUCAGUUUUUCAAUCAUCUAUAGCAUUAAUUAUUGGAAGCAUAUACCUUUUUUUUUCUAAUAAUAAACAUAGCAAAAACCCAACAAGUCACCGUUACUCAUUAUCUCAAUUCAUAAAAGAUAAUCGUGUAUAUUUAAUUUUAUUGUCAUUUACGCAAACAUUUUCAACUCCCUUGGCCACAUACUCUUUAAGAUAUAUUUCAUAUGUAGCUUUACAACUAUCCAAAACUUGUAAAUUAAUACCUGUAUUGUUAGUUCAUAAACUUGUUUACAAAAGUGCUAUACCUAGGGAAAAACAGAUUAUAGCGGUUAUAAUAACAAUAGGUGUAACCGUAUUCACAUUGGGCAGUUCCUCAAAGAAUACCAAAGAUAAAGGAAACAGUUUCUCAUCUUCAUUAUUGGGUGGAUUGAUGAUCUUUAUCAGUCUGUUUUUCGAUGGAUUAACCAAUGCUACUCAAGACACGAUGAUAAAAAAAAAUAAGCAAAUUACAGGAUCACAUUUAAUGGUCAUUUCAAAUGGAUGUAUUUUUUUUUGGAAUUUAACGUAUUUACUUUUGUUUGAUAAAACGCAGUUAGAAAAAAGUUUACAAGUUUUAAACCAAGAUUCGCCGGAUAUUUUGAAGUUGCUAUUGAUUUAUUCGAUAUGUGGCGCCUUGGGACAAGUUUUCAUAUUUUAUUCAUUGCAAAGUUUUGGUUCAAUAAUAUUGAUCAUGGUUACAGUCACAAGAAAAAUGAUUUCCAUGAUUUUAAGCAUUGUAGUAUAUGAACAUAAAUUGAAUGGCCCUCAAAUAGCAGGUAUUGGUAUUGUAUUUUGUGGUAUUUCUUAUGAAGCUAUAAUGAAGCAUAAAAAGGGCAGUCGUGGUAUCAACAAGUCAUCUUUGAGAGAGAAGAAACAAGAAUAA